GUAAGGGCCGCACCUAAUCUAAUCCACCCCCUGGUUAUUACUUCCAAGGACCGGACGACUGCCCCCACUUCACCUUUUCCUCUUCAUCUCAGUCUCCUUCCGGAAUCUGACACUUCGCUGGAGCCUGGAACUGGAAGAGAUUGAUCGGAUCGAUUUCCUCUUUCUGGCACUGGUUCAAACUUUUGACUGACGUAUUCAAAGCAAUCAAGGAACCUAAAGAUCAGAUCCAAACCAUUAGAUGACUAGUGAGAAAAAUCUAAGUACCCCUAGUGUCGGUGCGUCAGUCAGAUCUCCUCUUAUUGUGGAGGGAGACAUUGAAAAAAAGUUGAAACGACUUCGGGUUCAGUGAAAGAAAAAAAAGAUCAACGGUUGCACACAUGGUGGUAUAUGAAGAUGAUGGGAAUGUCGUACGCGAUAGACGCCCUUCGAUGGGGUGGUCAGUCCAUAUAUGACACCUCGCACAGAGGAAGAAGACAUUUUGGCUGACAAGUUGGUAAUUGUGAAUCCGUUAUGAAUGCUUAGCACUGAGGAAUUCAAAACGGCUAAGGCGGCCUACAAUGAGGGUGUUCAUUCUUAGAUGCAAUAUCUAUGAAUGGUGUAUGGGUCGAUGACCGGAAUGAUGUUGAGGUUCUACGGUAUUAUGGUGCCGGUGACCAUAAAAAUAGUGAUGAAAAUUUGAAGGAUAUUAGUGAUAAUGUCUUGAGUAUUAUUAGAGGAGAUUACUUCCAAAAGCGGAUGUGGAACUUCAAAUGUGUGAGUUUGUCAUUACACUUAUACUUGAUGCACUUGACUUAAUGUUACAAGUCGUGUUUUCUGUAGAGGUACUUAUAGUACUUCUUAUGUGUUUUGUAUGUAUAUUUUUCAAUCAAUGUCUGAAACCAACAUUGAAUUUUGUUCAUCGUACACUCCUAUGGAAGACGGGUUCGAUUGCUUGAUAACAUCCAAAUCAAAUGAAAUGGUUAUUACGACGAGGAAUAUAUUGGCUUCACAGAGGGUUUGAGAUGGUUGUUUAAUCUAUGUGACGGGGGGAAUGCUUACUGGAAAGUCGUCUGAAGUUUCAAAAUAGUAAACGGGAUCCCAAAACAGGCUGGUGGGAAUGAACAUGGGAUUUGCGUGAUGAAAUACAUCGACUUCUUAAGUAGUAUGGAGCUCGUUUCCAUGGCUUUGAGGCAGAGAAUUCAGCUUCAUCUUUGGGAAGAUUUUCAUAGUCGUCUUGUGCAUUCCAGAUUUUACAGUUUGAAUGUAGACUGGAAAAAGCUCCGGCCAAUGAUUCACAAAAGAAUUAAAAAUAGGGCCAAGGACUACCCUCUGAGGAACAUGGUUCCUGUUGCAUAUGAUCUCCUUAAUGCCAGAGAAGUUCUGAAGGAAGGCGUCUCUACUCUUAUCAACAUUAUCCCAAUCAAAGCGUGCAAGUUCUGCCCUGAAGUAUACAUCGGCGACACAGGCCAUCUGAUUCAAACCUGCCAUGGGUACCAGCGCAGAACAAAAAACCAGGUCCAUCGCUGGACUGAUGGCAGGUUGAAUGACAUCCUUGUCCCAGUCGAGGCUUUCCACCUCCACCACAUGUUCCAAGACAUCAUUAAACAUGAUCAGCGAUUCGACUUUGACCGCGUCCCAGCAGUCCUUGAGCUAUGUUGUCAAGCAGGGGCUGAGGUCCCUCAAGAAAUCCUAUACAGCUCCAGCCAUCACAGGUUGGAUGAGAGUAACGAUGGCGGGGCCCAUGCGGGCUGUUCAUCUCUGUUGCCACAGGAGCUCAAGUCGGUUGCGCAGACAACUCUGGAAGCAUGGGAGAGGCUGAGAUUGGGAGUCCAGAAGCUUUUGCUGGUUUAUCCUGCGAAGGUCUGUCAGUACUGUUCUGAAGUUCAUAUUGGACCAUCUGGACACAAGGCCCGCCUUUGUGGGGUGUUUAAGUUUGAGAGUUGGCGAGGCACACAUUUUUGGAAGAAGGCGGAGGUGGAUGAUUUGGUGCCUCAGAAGGUCGUGUGGCAUCGGCGGCCUCAGGACCCUCAAGUGCUAUUGGAUAAUGGGCGGGGUUUUUACGGGCAUGCGCCCGCAGUGGUGGAGUUGUGCUCACAGGCUGGAGCGACUGUGCCUAGUAAGUACUUCUGUAUGAUGAAAGUGAAUGGCUUACAUCCCUCAUGAGGAGUUUUUAAAUGGUAAAAGAUCAUGCGCAUGCAUUUUUAACCAUCCAAAGUUGGUGGGCGGGAAUUGGGAUGUUGAAUACAUAUUUCAAAAUGGGAAAUUUCAAAGUUCCUUUUGAAAACACAUACUGGACUCGCAUCCAUGGAUCUGGGGAUACUGGGAUGGGUUUUGACCUGUCAUCACUGUGCAUCGUGUACCUUGAACCUGUAGAAAAUACUACCUAUCAUUUGCAUUACUCUGAUGCAAUAACUGGUGUAAACCCAAAAAGUGGACUUUUACGCAUUUCUGAGAUAUGGAUUCUUUAGCAGGAAUUUGGGUUUUUGAUACAUUUCGCCAGUGACAGACUGACAGGUUUCUUGAGCAGGUGAGGCAUAUGGUUUUGGUUUUUAUCAGCUGUAUACUACAUUGUUUCUUCUUUUUUUGUUAGAUGUAUACUACAUUAUUCCUCCUCCU